AUGUACAAGCUAUACCUGUUCCGGAACCAGAUCACCGCGCGGGUGCUGGUCAGUCGGACGUUUCGGAUGAGUGACAAACUCCUCUCCCAAAUCGGCGAACACCGCCCGUCUCUCAAACUCCGGGGCGACCACUGGGUCCCCUUCGCGAUCCUCACGGGCCUACCCACGCUAACCGCCGCCAAAUCCCUCCAAUCGCGGCUCGCCACCCCGCAAGAAAACCCCAGCGGGAAGUACCGCUUGCCCCUCCCCGAGGUGCGACCGAGCCCGUUUGAACCGAAGCACCCGAAAGCGGGACGGCAGGAUGAUCCGUUGAAGUUGAGGAUUGUGGAGCGGGAGGUUGUGGGAGAGGGGGAGAGGGUGAGGAGUUUGAGGGGGUGGAGGGAGCCGGAGGAGGUGCGGAGGAAGAUGGCGGAGUUGUGUAGGGCUUUGGUUGUUGUUCCUGAACUCCAAGCCCUCACUACCCAAACCACCACCACCACCACCACCACCAACACAACACCACCACCAAACGAAAAGGAAACGGAAUCCAACCCCGAAACAAGAACGCCGCCGACAAAAGAACCGCUGACCCUCUACGUCGAACGCCCCGAAUGGCGCACGGCAGCCGAAGAAGUCGACGGCCUCCUCUGGCCCUCCUUCGUCGCGCAUGAGAAAUUGAGGCUGGUUAGGAAUAGGUACCCCGAUAUCCCCGGGUUUGAUUUGAAGAGGUUGGAUGAUGUGCCGUUGGACGUCUUGAGGAGGGAGGCGGAGGCGAGAGAGGCUGCGGAGAAGGAGGGCAAUGCGCAGGCGAGUGCCGCGCAGGUGUAG